AUGGGUGGUGUCACCGUUCGCGAUGUGGACGCGCAGAAGUUCAUCUCUGCUUACUCUGCGUUCUUGAAGCGUCAGGGAAAGCUCCCCAUCCCUGGAUGGGUUGACACUGUCAAGACCUCUUGCUCCAACGAGCUCCCUCCCCAGAACGCUGACUGGUACUACGUCCGUGCCGCUGCCGUCGCUCGUCACAUCUACCUCCGCAAGACCGUUGGUGUUGGCCGCCUCCGCAAGGUCCACGGCUCCGUCAAGAACCGUGGCUCCCGCCCCAACCACCACGUCGAUGCCUCCGGCUCCGUCGACCGCAAGGUCAUCCAGUCCCUCGAGAAGAUCGGUGUCCUCGAGUUCGACGAGGACAAGGGUGGCCGUCGCAUUACCCAGUCCGGCCAGCGUGAUCUUGACCGUAUCGCCAAGACCACCGUUGACGAGGAAGAGGAGGACGACGAGUAA